AUGAGUCUGCGCGCGUUGCAGCGUACAUCAUGUAUCAGGACGCCCACUGCUUCCAGAACGUUGCCCAAUCGCGUUGGCAGUCCACGCACCGUUCAUACCCAACGCAAUCCAAAGUCCUCUACAUGGUUCCUGGGUAGCAGGAGAUCGCUCUUCGCAAGCGGUACUACUACUGCAGCUGCGACAGCCGUCGGCAGUGGAAACUCUAAAUUUGCACUACUUUUUGGCAGCGCCGCCUCUGGUUUCGCAUUGGCUGGCUUUUACCAGUUCCUCAUACCUCGUCAUGAAGCUCCGGACGGAGAUCAAGCACCAGUCCACCCAGAUUCACCUCAACAAGCCGUGCCUCCAUCAAUCACAGGGACCAAAGUGGAAUCAAAGGAUCUUGUAUCGUACGAAGAGGUACAGAGACACAACUCUGCAGAGGAUUGCUGGCUCGUCAUCGACGGCCAAGUGUACGAUGUGACGGCAUUCUUGGACCUCCAUCCUGGCGGAAAGCAAGUGAUUCUCAAAAUGGCAGGCCAAGAUGCGACACGCGUAUUCAAGCCAAUACACCCACCAGAUACACUUGAACCGAAUAAGCUUAGCGUGGCCUACCCAGAGCUGAAGCUCAUUGGGACGCUCGACCAAACGACACUCCCACGACUCGUGCUCGAACCAACAGAAGAAGAGAAGAGAAUAGCAGCUGCGAGAGAGGCCCUGCCUCUCCCGAGUGCGGCCUUAAACCUGGACGACAUUGAAGGUCUCGCCAGGACUGUGCUCACCGAGACUGCAUGGGCAUAUUACUCCAGUGCAGGUGACGACGAAUUCAAGUACAACGUAUUGAUCGCCUAUCACAGGUUGAACAAAGUCUCGCAUGCCUCCCCUACGACCAACAUUCUAUCUUUCCCGUCAUCUCUUCCCAUCUUUGUUGCUCCGGCUGCAUUAGCAAGACUUGGCCACCCAGGAGGCGAGGUCAAUAUCACUCGCGCGUCUGCAAAGGAGGGCAUCAUACAGGGUAUCUCGAACAAUGCGAGCUGUUCGAUUGAAGAAAUUGUUUCCGCCCGUGAAGAGGGUCAGGUCCUCUUCUUCCAGCUCUAUAUGAACAGGUCGAGAAAGGCGUCCGAAGAGUUGUUACGCAAGGUCGAAAAGGCUGGAUUCAAUGCCAUCUUCCUCACGGUCGACGCGGCCGUUCCUGGCAAACGUGAGCGCGAUCAGCGCGUCAAGGGUGAUUUUGCGGGCCCAGCAGUAAAUGGACAAGAUCGCGCCGGAAACGGGGUGGCUCAGGCCAUCUCGGGAUAUCAAGACCCGGACGUGUGCUGGGCGGAUAUACCUUGGAUACAAGAUAUUACAAAGCUCCCGUUGAUCAUCAAGGGCAUUCAAUGCGUAGAGGACGCAGAAAAGGCCUACGAACAUGGGGUUCAAGGAAUCGUACUGAGCAAUCACGGCGGGCGACAACUAGACUUCUCACCAGCCCCAAUCACUGUCCUCCAAGAGCUUCGAGAACGAAGACCAGACCUCCUCGACGACAAGAACUUUCACGUUUUUGUUGACGGUGGCGUGCGACGGGGGACAGAUGUACUCAAAGCACUCUGCCUCGGUGCGCGUGGUGUAGGUCUCGGACGGCCGUUUUUGUUUGCAAACAGUCUAUGGGGAGAGGAGGGUGUACGACGGGCAGUACAGAUCAUGAGAGAGGAGAUUAUUACUGGUAUGCAGCUGCUUGGUGUCACAUCGCUCGAUCAGCUUCGACCGGAAAUGGUCAAGUAUGUCGAUCGAGAUCCGGCACGCGUGCCUCCAAACCCACGGUUCGAUAUUCCCCGUCUCACCAACGGGUCAAAGUGA